AUGCUGGAGCGGACAGGGGGAGUGGACGAGAGCGGGGUGCUGCGAUGGGAACUCUUCCUCCUUCUCCUUUUGGCCUGGAUCCUCAUCUACCUCUGCAUCUUCAAGGGGGUCAAGUCAACAGGGAAGGUAAGAGAGAGAGAAAGAGAGGCUGACAGAGAGAGAUAGAUCAGGACUAGUUUCACUAUGGUAUGCUUGCCAAGUCAAAAAAGAGGAGUGAGUAUAUGUUCUUAUCUCUGUUUAAUUUUUUACUCUUAGGUCGACAGAACAUUUGGCUCUAUUACAUUGAUUCAGCAUUAGUACACAUUGUUGCCAUCGUGAACAUUUUCUAAUAUCAUCUUUCUGUUUGUGUGUGUCCAGGUGGUAUACUUCACGGCUCUCUUCCCGUAUGUCAUCCUGUUAGCUCUGUUGAUAAACAACGUCCAGCUUCCAGGAGCUAUGGAAGGCAUCCGCUUUUUCAUCGUGCCAAACUGGGAGAAACUCCUGGAGUUGGAGGUAAGAGGAGGGAGGUACAGACCCAAACCCUAACCUUAAAGGCAAAGUUUGCUUUUUUACAACCAAAUCUCUAUGUUUUAUGUAAAUGACAUGUUAUAGAAUGGUCCAGAUGAUUUUUGUUCUUGAUUUCACUUGUUUUUGAGAAACUUACCCCAACCAGAUUCACUUCCCCAAUCACAAACCCUGGAUUAACACUGAGGUUGGUGCUAAGCUAAAGGACAGGGCUACCGCACACAGGGCUAUCGCAGAAAUUGUGUACACAUGAAAUUGUGUUAUUCCGAACUUUAUCCGCAACGUUAUAUUCAAUUUUGUACAACUCGAGCUGUUCCAUUCUCCGUGUAGCCUGCUAAUAGAAUCCCAUAAUAAAAUGGAAUAUAACGUUGCGGAUAAAAUUCGGAAUGACACAGACCUGCAUAUACUGAGAGCUUUUCCGUUUCUAAAAUGACGCAUUUGGGUGUUUCUGGAGCCUCUGUUUAUGUUUUUUUCGGAGCCCCUGUACUGCACAACGAGGAUGAGGAAGUGAGUUGCUGGUUGGGGUAAAAUCGCAAAAAAAGUGUCUGGUCCCGGUUCAACCCUAACCACAACCCUAACCCUAGUUUCAUGUCCACAUCCCGGUUCAACCCUUACCAUCAACCAUAACCACAACCCGAACCCUAGCUUCAUGUCCACAUCCCAGUUCAACCCUAACCCUAGCCUCAACUACAACACUAACCCUAACUUUAUGUUCACAUCCCGGUUCAACCCUAAUCCUUGCCUCAACCACAACCUUAUUGGGCAAAACAUAAUCCGAAACACAACCAAAACAAACUGCAAAUACGUCCAACCAGUUUGUAGUCACAAGCUUGAUGUAGUCAUUGUGUGCAAGGAAUACGGACCAAAUACUAAACCUUAGUAUCACGUUUCAGGAGAAGACCCAGAUGCAGACAGUGUCCCAGUAACAAAAGUUAAUUACAAAAACAGGGGGCAGGCAAACGACAGGUCAAGGGCAGGCAGAGGUCAGUAAUCCAGAUCAGAGUCCAAAAGGUACAGAACGGCAGGCAGUCUCAGGGUCAGGGCAGGCAGAGGUCAAUAAUCCAGGGUGGUGUGACAAGGUACAGAACGGCAGGCAGGCUCAGGGUCAAGGCAGGCAGAAUGGUCAAAACUGGGAAAACUAGAAAACAGGAACUUGAGAAGGACAGGAGCAAGGGGAAAAAUGCUGGUAGCCUUGACGAAACAAAACAAACUGGCAACAGACAAACAGAGAACCCAGGUAUAAAUACACUGGGGAUAAUGGGGAAGGUGGGCGACACCUCGAGGGGGGUGGAGACAAUCACAAAGACAGGUGAAACAGAUCAGGGUGAGACACUACAUUUAUACACUAUAAGUGAAUUUUUCUAAAUACUUAUGACUUCUUCAAAUAGGAUGACUAGAUACAUAAAGUGCUUUCAUUUCUAAGUUUCGAGCCAAAUAAAAAAAGUAGCUUAACUGUCCAAAUACAUAUGGUGUUAAGUGUAUGAGUUACAUGAGCUACUUCAAUGAGUAAUGAAGAGGUACAGUAUAGGCUACACACCGGGGCAAUUGUAUAAAUUGAGCAGUAUAAUAAGAGUCUGGUAGCAGCAGUUGUGAUGUGUGUGUGUGUAGCAUGAAUGAGUAUACAAAACAUUAAGGACAGCAUCCUAAUAUUGAGUUGUACCCCCCCUUUUGCCCUUAGAACAGCCUCAAUUCGUCGGAGCAUGGACUCUAUAAGGUGUCGAAAGCCUUCCACAGAGAUGCUGGCCCAUGCUGACUCCACUGCUUCACACAGUUUGGGUGGUGGACCAUUCUUGAUACACAUAGGAAACUGUUGAGCGUGGAAAAACCCAGCAGUGUUGCAGUUCUUGACACAAACCAGUGUGCCUGGAACCUACUACCAUACCCUGUUCAAAGGCACUUAAAUCUUCUGUCUUGCCCAUUCACCCUUUGAAUGGCACACAUACUGUACACAAUCCAUGUCUCAAUUGUCUCAAGGCUUAAAAAUCAUUCGUUAACCUGUCCCCUCCCCUUCAUCUAUACUGAUUGAGGUGGAUUAAAAAAGUGACAUCAAUAAGGGAUCAUAGCUUUCACCUGGAUUUACCUGGUCAGUCUAUGCCAUUGAAAGACCAUAUGUCCUUAAUGUUUUGUACAAUCAGUGUAUAUGUGUGUGUGUCUAUGUCUGAGUGGGUGUGUGCAUGAGUGAGUGCAUGUGUGCUAAGGUGUGGAGAAUCAGAGCAGGUGGUCAGUCCAGGGCCCGGUUUCCCAAAAGCAUCUUAAGGCUACGUUCAUCAUUAGAACCUUCGUAGGAGCAUUGUUAGAUCUCCGAGCUGUUUCCCAAAACCGUCAUUAGAUGUUUUUUUUGUCAUUCCGCGUCAUUUUAUACACAGAAGAUCUCUGCUAAACACAAAAUCAAGAUGUUUAUCUGUCUUUCUGUGACAGCUGUUAACUUCAGAAGAAAUGUGACAGUGACUACAAAUACAAAGCUGCCCAUUUCUUUGCAUUACAAGCGAAGGAUAUAAAACAGAGAUACCUGUAUUAUUCCCACGGGGGGCCAGUAUAAAAAAAAUAUGUAUUCACUAACUGUAAGUCGCUCUGGAUAAGAGCGUCUGCUAAAUGACUAAAAUGUAAAUGUAAAUGUAUUAAAAGAAAAUACAGUAUAGGCUACAUAGACCUAUAUAUUUGAAUAAUAUGGAAAUCAAUUUCCUGUUAAUUCAAUUGAGUUUUAUUUAGCUAUUUGUAUGCUACUGUCUGUAAUUUUAGCUUCAAUAUAUUUCAUGUGUAACACUUGUGCAAUGAUGUGCCAAAUCUUGAUUUAGUGCAUUAUUAUAGGGUAAGCAUUAGAAUAAGCCGCCUCAAUAUUUGUAGCCAUUGGUGAUUUCUCUCUAGAAGCUGAUCUGUAGUUAGUAUUGUGGAAUAAUUAUAAUGUUAAGGUAAGAUUGGAAAGGGAGAAUGCUGAUCUUAGAGCAGUGCUUCCUUUAUUUCGAACCAAUCAGUAUCGACACAUGACUCAAAGACGCACUUAGCGAACCUUCUCUCUGCGUGGCAUUUUGGGAAAUGUAUGUUACAUCUUCGGCCGUUGUGGGAAAGAUGCAUUGUUAAAACACUCGUAAGCCUAAAUUCCAUCACUAUCAGUAGUCAGAUGCCUUGUAGAUAGAAACUGUCUCUGAGCCUGUUGGUAUCAGACCUCAUGCUCCGAUACCGUCUGCCCGGUCAGGACACUUUCGAUGGUGUAGAUGUAGUAGUUGGAUUUCUUCAGCCACUUUAGGAAUUGGAGACGCUGUUGCAACCUCUUGACAAUUUGGCAGUACGUCAAAACGGCCUCACAACCGCAGACCACGUGUAACCACGCCAGCCGAGGACCUCCACAUCUGGCUUCUUCACCUGCGGGAUCAUUUGAGGGGGGUGCUGAGAAGGAUUUCUGUCUGUAAUAAAGCUCUUUUGUGGGGAAAAACAAAUUCUGAUUGGCUGGGCCUGGGUCCCCAGUGGGUGGGCCUAUGCCAGGCCCACCCAUGGCUGCGCCCCUGCCCAGUCAUGUGAAAUCCAUAGAUUAGGGCCUGAUUAAUUUAUUUCAAUUGACUGAUUUCCUUUUAUGAACGGUAACUAAGCAAAAUCUUUGAAAUUGUUGCAUGUUGCGUUUAUAUUGUUGUUCAGUAUAUAUAUAUUUACAUUCCAGACAUUGUUUCUUAAUUUAUAUAUAGAAUAUUGGGAUUGUGUGUGUAUUGUUUUUUUAUUGCUAGGUAUUACUGCACUGUUGGAGCUAGAAACACUAGCAUUUCACAAGCAUUUCCAAUAACCUUUGAUUUGAUUUUAAGUAAGCCAUAGAUAAGGAUCUAAAUCAUUUCAGGUAAAGAGGGGUUCGGGAGGAGUUGUUGUGAAGACAUGUCGAGGUCGGGUGCUGCUGGUAAAGAGCUUGGAUGUGUUAUAGUUACCUGCCAGCUAGGGUGAUUGUUAGGAUAACAUUGUUAUUAUAUCAGUGUGGAUGAGUUUUAUGGUGCUAUUGAAGGUACUGUACAUUAUAAGAGAAAUUCCUUGUGUUUUGUUCCAGGUUUGGGUCAACGCUGCAGCUCAGAUCUUUAACUCCAUUGGGAUAGGCUUUGGCUCCCUCAUGGCCAUGUCCAGCUAUAACAACUUCAACAACAACAUAUUAAAGUGAGCAGCUCACAGUGAGGAGAGUCUGUAGUCAGUUCAAAUCAGUUAAAAGUCAGUUCAAAUAUAUUUUCACAUUGUUACAGUGUCCGUAUUAGGUCAAUCUCAGCAGAUGCUGUCCUAAUAUGGACACUGUACAUCGUACUGGAGUGAUUCAUCCAUCACAUCCCUUUUUUCCCCACAGAGACACCCUGGCUAUCUCCAUCACCAACUCCCUGACCAGUAUUCUGGCAGGUUUUGUCAUCUUCUCGGCAUUCGGCUACAUGUCACAUCUCCAGAACAUACCUGUCAGUGAGCUGGCUGUAGAUGGUGAGUUUGUGUAAGCAGACUAAAGAUCAUUAAGGGAAGGGAAAUACUUUUGGACAGCUGACACAAGACCACCUUUUCUAGUUACAGUGCAUGUAUUUGAGGCAAAGCAUACUAAUUUCACCAAGAUCGUUCCAUAAAAGAGUUUAGACACCAAAGUCAUAAUAACAGUGCAUGUGUGUUCUGAAUUAUUUUGCACCUAGGUCCAGGACUGGUUUUUGUUGUUUACCCACAAGCCUUUGCAACGAUGCCAGUGGCUCCGCUGUGGGCAUUUCUGUUCUUCUUCAUGCUUCUGUGCCUUGGGCUGGACAGCCAGGUAGCUAACCUUACAUUACCUAACCUAAACCCACUGUCACAUGAUACUAAAUACACUUUUCUCUACUUGAAACAGAUGCAUUUGUCCUCACGUUCUCUUUGUUUGCCCACGUGGUUAAAUGAUGGUAGUUACUAUACAUCUUUACUUUGUCGAGUAAAUACAAUAUCCAGUCAAAUGUAUAAUCUUCUUUCACAAAUGAUUCCAGGAACCAAAAAUCUAUCUUUAACUACAGCAGUUACAGUUCAAAUAGAAAGUAAUGCAGUCAGUAAUGCAGUCAGUAAUGCGGUGUCAAAUCAAAUCAAAUCAAAUUGUAUUUGUCACAUGCGCCGAAUACAACAGGUGUAGACCUUACCGUGAAAUGCUUACUUACAAGCCAUAAACCAACAAUGCAGUUUUAAGAAAAAUAAGAGUUAAGAAAAUAUUGACUAAAGAAACUAAAGUAACAUUUACAUUUUUUUUAUAAAAUAACAGUAACGAGGUUAUAUACAGGGGGUACCGGUACCGAGUCAAUGUGCGGGGAUACAGGUUAGUCGAGGUAAUUGAGGUAAUAUGUACAUGUAGGUAGGGGUAAAGUGAUUAUGUAUAGAUAAAAAACAGUGGGUAGCAGCAGCAAUUUGCAAAAAAUUAUAAUACAAAAAAAAGCUGUGCCUUUAUAAUAACUUGACAGCCUAUCCUUCACAUGCAGAUAGUGAUGUUUAGUUUUCAGUUUGUUUAGUUUUGUCCUACCUGCCAGGUUGAAAGGACAGUCACAAGACUCAUCGCCAUCAGCCGAAUGGCCUCAUAAAACAGCCAUUAAAUGAUGAGAAGAGAAUGUCAAGAUUCUAACUGAAGGGCAUUAUGUAUGAAAAAAUGCAAAGUCACUGUUACCAGAUAGUUGCAGUUAGAAAGCCUUUAUUAUAAGUGUAAAACUAACAAUGACUCAAUAAUCCAUGCUUUCUGAGAAUGCUAUAAAGUUAUGGGCGGAGCUAGUAUUACAAUCUUAACUUACUUUUAAUCCGUCUGUCUGCAUAUUUCCAGACAUGGAAUAUGGGAGUGUAGCGAGAUACCCAAUGGGCUGGACAAUUCUCUUUUCAUCACUCAUCUUGAGAAAACGUAGAAAUCAAUCAAUCCGCCAUCAUUAACACAAUGGAAAAAUCAAAUGAUUUAUUAUUGAAAUAGCAUGGGCGACUGAGAAAAACAAAUUGGUACAAUUUAAGGCCAUGUGGCAAACAAUAAUGCAGGCACAAGGGAUGGGGGCGUCAGCAUGCGGGUCUGAGCAGAUGAGAUGUAGUAGUUGUUUGUGUGCGUCUGUAAAUUGUUGUUUGUAUGUGUAUGUUUGUAUCUGGUGUGUAUAUGAACAAAAAAUCUAUAUGUACAAAUCCUUUAUUAUAUUGGUAUCUCCAUGUCAGAAAGUUACCAUGUUUUGACAAAAUAAAAAUAUUUCUCAGUUUGCCAUGGUGGAGGUGAUGGUGACCAGCCUAAUGGAUGGGUUUGGAGGGCCCCUGCUGAAGUUCCUGAGAAAGAAGGAGAUGCUGGUUCUGGCAGUCUGCAGCACUGCCUUUCUGCUGGGGAUACCCCAUGUCAUGCAGGUAACCUGGAGUGUACGGCUUACACUCAUCAGACAACUCCAGCACAGCAAUAAUCCAGGACAAGUAGUGGACUAGACUAGUAAUAAAGGGCAUUUAGGGUAAUAUAAUUGCUUGAAAUCAUCGCUUGAAAACCCUGCCCACACUUUAAGCACCACAUCCACCCAAUCCUGAUACUUCUAAAUAACCAGUGACGGAAUACCAAAGCACUGAAACUACUUUUACUCAUUAGUCGUCGCAUCCCAGAGUCUUUUAGCAUAUGUUAUGUCAUUUAUGUAACAUUCUGUCCACGAGAGAUUAGUUAUUUCUUACAGCUUGUAUUAAAUACUCUCUCUCUUUGACCAGGUGGGGAUCUACGUUUUCCAGCUGAUGGACCACUACACGGCCAUAGUGUCUCUCAUGUUCUUGGCCUUCUUUGAGGUGUUGGCCAUCUGCGGGCUUUAUGGUUAGACCAGUGUGUGUGUGUGUGUCUAACGUAUGCGUGUUUGUCGUUAAUUAAUAAAAGGAAAUUAAUAAAUUCACCCCCCCCCCCCCUAUUAUUUCCUCUCUGACAGGUGUGAGGAGGCUUUCGGCAAACUUAAAGGAGAUGACAGGAAGUAGGCCUAAUAUCUUCUUCAGAGUGUGCUGGAUGUUUGUGGCUCCUCUUCUGAUCACUGUGAGUCAUCAUCAUUCACCUUAACAGAACGAUAGUGUCUACAAAUACAAUGCCAUACAGUUGACAUUGUCAAAUGUCAAAAGAUGACAAGGGCAUAUCCGGUUUUGAGAGUAGGAAUACUUUGAAUGCAAUUGAUAAAUGUAUUUUUAUCAUCCCUCUCUCUCCUCUGGUGCAACAGAUGAUCCUGGUGUUCACAAUCAUCCAGUUUGAACCAGCCCGCUAUGAGAACUAUGUGUAUCCCCCGUGGGCUCAGGGGAUUGGCUGGGUCAUCGCCAUGGCGUCCAUCAUCUGGAUCCCACUCGGAGCUCUUCACACACUGUGGGUUCUGCCCGGCUCCUUCACUGAGGUAAUGUAUUACUAUACAUCAGUCUCUCCUCUCCUCUCCUCUCCUCUCCUCUCCUCUCCUCUCCUCUCCUCUCCUCUCCUCUCCUCUCUCUCUCUCUCCUACUUACAGUGAGGGGAAAAAAGUAUUUGAUCCCCUGCUGAUUUUGUACAUUUGCCCACUGACAAAGAAAUGAUCAGUCUAUAAUUUUAAUGGUAGGUUUAUUUGUACAGUGAGAGACAGAAUAACAACAAAAAAAUCCAGAAAAAUGCAUGUAAAAAAUGUUAUAAAUUUAAUGAGGGAAAUACGUAUUUGACCCCCUCUCAAUCAGAAAGAUUUCUGGCUCCCAGGUGUCUUUUAUACAGGUAACGAGCUGAGAUUAAGAGCACACUCUUAAAGGGAGUGCUCCUAAUCUCAGCUUGUUACCUGUAUAAAAGACACAUGCCACAGAAGCAAUCAAUCAGAUUCCAAACUCUCCACCAUGGCCAAGAUCAAAGAGCUCUCCAAGGAUGUCAGGGACAAGAUUGUAGACCUACACAAGGCUGGAAUGGGCUACAAGACCAUCGCCAAGCAGCUUGGUGAGAAGGUGACAACGGUUGGUGCGAUUAUUCGCAAAUGGAAGAAACACAAAAUAACUGUCAAUCUCCCUCGGCCUGGGGCUCCAUGCAAGAUCUCACCUCGUGGAGUUGCAAUGAUCAUGAGAACGGUGAGGAAUCACCCCAGAACUACUCGGGAGGAUCUUGUCAAUGAUCUCAAGGCAGCUGGGACCAUAGUCACCAAGAAAACAAUUGGUAAUGCACUACGCCGUGAAGGACUGAAAUCCUGCAGCGCCCGCAAGGUCCCCCUGCUCAAGAAAGCACAUAUACAGGGCCGUCUGAAGUUUGCCAAUGAACAUCUGAAUGAUUCAGAGGAGAACUGGGUGAAAGUGUUGUGGUCAGAUGAGACCAAAAUCGAGCUCUUUGGCAUCAACUCAACUCGCCGUGUUUGGAGGAGGAGGAAUGCUGCCUAUGACCCCAAGAACACCAUCCUCACCGUCAAACAUGGAGGUGGAAACAUUAUGCUUUGGGGGUGUUUUUCUGCUAAGGGGACAGGACAACUUCACCGCAUCAAAGAGACGAUGGACGGGGCCAUGUACCGUCAAAUCUUGGGUGAGAACCUCCUUCCCUCAGCCAGGGCAUUGAAAAUGGGUCGUGGAUGGGUAUUCCAGCAUGACAAUGACCCAAGACACACGGCCAAGGCAACAAAGGAGUGGUUCACGAAGAAGCACAUUAAGGUCCUGGAGUGGCCUAGCCAGUCUCCAGACCUUAAUCCCAUAGAAAAUAUGUGGAGGGAGCUGAAGAUUUGAGUUGCCAAACGUCAGCCUCGAAACCUUAAUGACUUGGAGAAGAUCUGCAAAGAGGAGUGGAACAAAAUCCCUCCUGAGAUGUGUGCAAACCUGGUGGCCAACUACAAGAAACGUCUGACCUCUGUGAUUGCCAACAAGGGUUUUGCCACCAAGUACUAAGUCAUGUUUUGCAGAGGGGUCAAAUACUUAUUUCCCUCAUUAAAAUGCAAAUCAAUUUAUAACAUUUUUGACAUGCGUUUGUCUGGAUUUUUUUGUUGUUAUUCUGUCUCUCACUGUUCAAAUAAACCUACCAUUAAAAUUAUAGACUGAUCAUGUCUUUGUCAGUGGGCAAACGUACAAAAUCAGCAGGGGAUCAAAUACUUUUUUCCCUCACUGUACCUAGCUACCUAUAGCAUUAUUUCGACCUUAGUACAACACCUAGCAACCUUGUCAAGAGGUUCUGGUUAGGGUGGGGUGGUAUCCAGAUUUUCAUAUCGUCAUACCGUCCUUCUCUCAUCCCGGGAUUUACGGUAUUACCGGUUUAAUACACAAGGGGGCACCGAAAAAUGCAAAAAAGCCCAUUAGGCGUCUAUUAUCAGAAUGCUAACAAAAUUAGCACAAUAAUAUGGAAUUUCCAUGGAGGCUACUAGCUAAAUAUGCGAACAAACACAAACGAAAAUAAAAGAAUUGCAAAGACAGGUAAUCCACCUCAUAAAAUUCUACAUAUAUAGGUAGGCGCUACCGAAUGUCAUUUUUGGUGAGUUUGGACAUUUACAAGCGAAUGUGAAUGAGAGACAUUGUGCAAAUGAACAAAGUUCUGAUGAAUUCUUGUCUGAAAGAAGAACAGUACUGGCUCUGGAGCAGCAUGUGUACACGCUGAGUCUGUCUGGAGUCGCUAGGGCAUGCCUGCGGCCUGCCUGCUCUGCUCGGAGAAGGGGGGGUGGGGGACCAGAUGGGCAGAGAACGGAGAGGAGAAAAAACGCAAGGAAAUCAAGAUAGCAUUGGCAGCUGUACAGAUUUCUCAAACAUGGUAGAAAGCUAACACUAUAUGAUGACCCGUCUCCUUAUUAAUUCAGCCACUUACUUGAAUAACUAGCAAGUUAAACUUAGGGGUCAUGUUUAAUGCAGAAUUCUGUGUUUUUCACGCAGAAAAAAAGAUAAAACGCAUAAGAAAUAUCUUGCUGCGUUUUGUAAAUGCAGAUCUAAAAUGCUUCUUAUUGUAAUUUCUGCUCAGCAUCAGACUAAUGUUGUGCUUUAGUUGCACUUCUCCACUUGGAUGAGAAUUCACCAAUGCAUUCUAUCAGCAGACAGCACUCUGACUGAUGUGUAGCUACUUUUCUCCAGUACUUUCGGUGUAGACUACUUUUCUCUGGUAAAAUGCAAGAUUAACAAAAGGAAAUGUAGCUGGCUACAUUCUUUCUAUGAUAAACAUUAGAAAUAUAUAUGGCCAUGCAUCGUUUUUGCAAAAUAUACCUGCUUUUUCAUUGUAAGCUCAUUUACUUGUGUGGCUGCCAGCCAAAUAGCGUUGCACUUCUGUUGUCAUCUGUUGAAAAUGAAGCUAUUUUCUGCCGAAUGUAUUGCACUAAUUAAUUUUCUGUGAAGGAAAACUAUAGUUGCAUGCCCCUGAUCACUCUUGAAGCAAAAAAACACUUUUGACUUUCAAUAUAAAACGCGACCCCUGUCAAUACACAGCUGGACUCACCUGCUCCCGCUUUCUGCCAUUGUGCUAUUUACAAACAAACACACAACUGGCUCAACUGUUCUGGGGAACUACAGUAAGCUACAUAAUGUGACAGGUGAAACAAAAAAGCGAUCUGCUUUAUCUCCUAACGUAUUGCACAAGUUGACUGCAGGUAUUUACUUAAAAAGUAGCUACAAAUAUUAACAUUUAUUGAAACACUUCAAAUAAAUAGUUUCAACGGUAUUGACGGUAUUGAAAAACCAUCCCGUGGCUAUUUCCAAAUGCCCAAGUAUAUGGUAUAUAUUGUAUACGUCCAAGCCUAGUUCUGGUGUAAUGGCUAAGCAAAAUUGUUGGACAGAAUUAGCUAAAGUCCAUAUGUUGUUUAAGGCUUCUAAUAAUGUCUUGUCUUCCUCCCCCCAGAGAUUAUUGAAGUCAAUCACCCCAUAUGCACUGGAGAACGAGAGAGGAGGAGAGACUUACCCAAACAUAGCAGUCAUCAACUCCUUUGGUAGAGAAACAGAGAAGCCUCACAUUCAGACAAACCUCUGA